AUGUUGGAAGGUCUCGUAGCUUGGGUACUAAACAACUACCUCGGGAAAUAUGUAGAAAACUUGAACACGGAUCAGCUGAGCGUCGCGCUGCUGUCCGGUAAAGUAGAAUUAGAAAAUCUACCACUUAAGAAAGAUGCUCUUCGUCACCUGGGUCUGCCCGUGGAGAUCAAGGCCGGUUUCAUUGGUAAGGUGCAGCUACAUGUUCCCGUGAGACAGAUCCGGUCUGCACCAUGGGUCAUUGCUAUCGAGAAGCUGUACUUGGUUGCUGCUCCGGUCAAUUUGGAUGAGUGGGACAGUGAUGUGGAGGCAGCCAUCGCUCAUGAGUACAAGGUGUCGCUGCUGGAUGCCCUGGAGGCCCAGUGGCGCGCCGAGCACGAGGCCUCCGACGUCGGGUACUACGCCGCCUCAUACUCCUCCUGGCUCAGCUAUGGCACCGGCCUCCUUGCGAACAUUGUGGAGAACCUUCAGCUGAACCUGAACGACGUUCACAUACGGUACGAAGACGCUCUGACAUGUCCGGGACGCGCCUUCGCGUGUGGACUCGCGGUGGAGGCUCUAACGGCCGAGUCCUGCGACUCAAACUGGCGCCGAGGCGCCGUGGCGGCCGGCGAGGAGCCUUGCUCCUACAAGCUGCUCGAACUUGCCAACCUAGCGCUCUACUGGGACCCCAUGCCUGUGCCCGCUGGCAUGAUGGCCGAUUGCACCAUCACCGAGCUCACGGAGCGCAUGCGCUGUACGUGGAGCGGAGCUCACCGCUGGUUGGUCCAACCGAGCACGGCGAGCGCGCGGGUCCGACGCGAGCGCUGCGACCAGCCUCUGAGGGACCGCACGCGGCCGCGCCUCGCCUGCCACCUCACGCUGGACUCGGUGCUCCUGCGCCUCACCGACCGCCAGUACAGCGAGAUGACGGGCUGCUGCCGCGGUCUGGAGCGUGUGGCGCGGCUGAGGGCGGUGAGGGCGCUCCGACCUCGCUCCCCGCUCCACGGACACGCUCGCCAGUGGUGGAUCUACGCGGUGAAGGCUCACCUGCCGCAUCACACCUGGAUGGACCCGCGGCCCACGUGGGAGGGUUGCUGCUCGGCGGCGGGGGCGGCGCGCCGGUACGUGGCGCUGGUGCUGCAGACACUGGUGUCGCCCGCCGCCACGCUGCCGCCGGACGACCAGCGCGCUAAAGAUGAUUACGAGUGGCAGCAGCCCUUACAUGUCCUCAAGCCGCUGCGGGAGGUGGCGAUGCGGAAGGUGCCGGCUUCGACGCCGGUGUUGUCUCCGGAGCAGGCCAACUCGGGUCGCAGCGUGUUGGUCCGUUGGUUCCCGCAGUGGUGGGGCUGGUACGCGUCUCCCCCCGCCGAGGGUCAGUCUCCUCCGUCCCCCGCGGAGGGCGGCGUCUCCUGCUCCUCUCCGCCGUCCUCCGCCAGCGCCGCCACCUCCAAGCUAGAAGACGAGAUCCUCGACGUGAUCGCUGAUUCUCUGGACGACAACACGCUGCUCCGUCGAGACGCCGUGUUCGGACUGUUCGAGUUCACGCUCCAGAGAGGCUCCCUGGACAUCUGUAUCGACAACGGCGAGGAGGACAGCGAGCCUCGCGAGGGUGUGGAGCUGCAGUUCUCGGCCGUGUUGCUGCGCGUGGAGUCCCGGCCCCGUUCGUCCGCGCACGCCGUGCACGCGUCCCUUGGGGCCGUGGUGCUGCGGGACCGCGUCACUCCGGACACGUUGUUCCCGGUGCUCGUCGCGCCGCAAGGCAUGAUUCGUGAAGGCCUGAGUGCAAUGAAUGCGGCGGCGAGCGCAGCCGCGUGGUGGCGCGCUCAGCGGCCGCUGCACAAUUCCUCUGCCGCCGCCGAGCCGUUGUUCCAACUAUUUUAUGAGAAACGCCCGACCGGACCCGGCUAUGACUAUAGACUGCGGGUGAAGUCUCGUUCCGUGGAGGUGGUGUGGGCGGUGGGCGUGGCUCGGUGGGCGCGUCGCUGGGCGGCAGCAGGCGGCGCCUUCGCCACCGUUCGUAGCCACACUCGCGCUACGCUGCAUCACCACUGGGGUCGCCUCAUGCAUCACGCUCGUACUCCGAGCGAAAGACGUUCGUGGCAGAUCGAGCUGGACAUUUCCGCCCCUCAGAUCCUCUUAGUGGAGGAACUGUCUGACCGCGACGCAUCCGUGCUGCUCCUAGAUUUUGGUCGUUUACGUCUCGCAAACGCGCCGCCGCCCGAUAACGAGCACAAAUGUGACGAAGUGCCGAAACAGUUUUCCGCUGAUGACGACGAAGAGCUGUUCAUGACGCCCUGCUCGACGCCUCCUGGCAGCCUGCUGUCCCCGGCGUCCCCCGGGCCGUCCCCCGCGGGUCCGCCCCCGCUGCGGCCCGCCGACCUGCACCCUCGCCUGUAUGACCGCUACUGCGUGGAGCUCAGUGAGCUGCAGGUGCUGGUGGGGCGCGCUCGUGACAACUGGCGCUACGCCCACAACAAGACCACCUCCGCUCUUCACCUGCUGGAUCGCUUCACCAUCUCGCUUCAGGCGGAGCGCCGCGUGGUGUCGACGGCCGACCCUCAGUACCCUCGCGCGGCUGUGGGCGGCUCGCUGCCGGCGCUCGUGGUCCACCUCAGUGAACACAAGCUGGCCGCCGUCAGAGCCGUUAUCGCCUCUCUGAGACCGGAAGGCUCCCACAACGGUCACAACGACCUGUCGCCUCAUCGAGAGGGCGCGGGCGAGGAGCCGGGCGAGGACAGAGACGACACGGAGACUGAGUUCUCAGAAAUGUCCACCAACCAGAACACGGCGCUGCUGAUGCUGCAGUUCGCUAUCGAUCAGAUGUCUCUGGAGGUCCAGUCCCGGGGGCGAAGCAUCGCCGAGGUCCAGGUGUGUGGAGUGCGCGCUGCCCUGGCGCUCCGGCCUGCUGACACCUCCCUCUCUCUGUCCGUCCACUCGCUGCUGCUGGUGGACGCGCUCCAGACCUACGGGCCGGACUUCGAGCUCCUCCUCGCCAGUCAUAAGCAUCUCGGUAUGGACACUACGUCGGGCAGCAUCCUCGGCUCGGAGCCCACGUCCCCCACGUCUCCGUCGUCUCCGCCGGCCCGCUCUCCUCCUCCGCCGCCCACACCGCGUCAGCUGCACCAGGCGCUGCACUCCUUGCGAUACCAGAACGACAACCACGACCAUCUGGAUCACGCCGAGACGGGCGACGUGGUCGAUCGAGCCGCUCCGAGUGCAGCUACCGAUUGGGCGAAUGGAAUUUGCUGGAAUUCUGUGAACACGUCGUUCGCCACCAGCGGGGCGGCGUGGACGAGCUUCGGACAGAGUUUAGGGAAUUGUUGGACCGGAGUCGGGCAAGGGAGUCGGAGAGGAGCGGGCGCGGGGGGGUUCGGGCAGGAGGGAGGCUGGGCCGCGCCGGGACUCGUGGACUCGGAGGCGCUCAUAGCGGUGGAGCUGUGCUUCGUCAAGGGGGAGGGGGACGCUGAGGACCUGAGGAUCGCUAACAUACUGUUCAACAAUCUGGAUGUCAUAGCCAAUCAGGAGACUAUAGUGGAGCUGAUCGGCUUCGCUCACCGAGUGUGGGGUCCGGCGCCGGCCCCGGCUGACGGAGGGCACCAACAUCAGGAGCGGGAGGAACACGUGGACGCUCUCACACCGCAGCCGGUGCGCACGGAGAUUACGUUCGACUUCCACCGCCUGGGCGUGCUGCUGCUCCGGUCGGGCCUUCAAGACGGCGCGCUGGUCGCCAGCAAGAUCGCCACAGCCACGGUGGGGGACGCGCGGAUCCAGGCCACUCUAGACGGAGACCGUAUCGAGGUGGGCGGGUCGCUGGGCGGCGUGCAGGUGGUCUCUCUGUCGGAGCGCGCCGGUAUACACUCGCGCGUGCUGACGGCGGGCCGACCUCCCGCUCCUCCCGCUCAACCCGCGCCUGCCACGAGACCUGCGCCGGGGACUCUGCCCCCGCAGCCUCAGUAUCAGACCUCCAGUGAAGACAAAGCUCUGCUCUUUUCGAUAUCUAGGACUGUCAAAGAAGGAGGGAGUCGCGCUUCCAGUCCCGGCGAGCCUCCGUCCAUGGCGUCGUGUCCCGCUGGUGUCCUGGAGGUGUGCGUGUCGGUGCGCGUGGCCCGCGUGUGGUACACCCACUCCCCGCCGCUGCUCCGCGAGCUCCGUGACUGCGUGGCUCAGUUCCAGCAGUACCUGGCCAACCUGGCGCGCUCCAUCCGCGCCGCCGCCGCUGACAUGGCUAUAGGUCUCGUGCAACCAAGUUACAGAGGUGAAUCGAUUUACUCCAACCCGCGCUUGUCACAGUCCACGGAGGGCGUGUCCCCUCGCAGGCGGACCGUGAGCGUGGGCUGCUCCUUGGACGAGCCGGACCACGACACGCAGAAUAUCAUACUGAGUGUGAGCGUGGAGCUGGAGUCCCCGGUGGUGGUGGUCCCCCGCGCGGCCCGCAGCCCGCACGUGCUGGUGGCGCACCUCGGCCGCAUGUCCCUGCAGCAGCGUCCCGCCCCGGCCGCCGCUGCCGUCUGCACAGUUCGUGUCCGGGACAUUUCUCUCGUUUCUUUGGACGUCGGUGACAAGGUCAGCAGACAACCUCUGGCCACCGACGAUAUGGCGGACAUCUACGACGCGUCCGCCGGCCGGCCCGUGCUGCAUGACACGGGUCUGCGCCUGCGCGUGGCGGCGGGCCGGCCGUGUCUGGUGGACGGGGCCGUGGUGGGCGGCCUGCACGUGUCGGCCAGCCGCGAGCAGUACGAGCAGCUGCUGGACACGCUCCGGUGGUUGUCGUCGUCGGGCCCGCCCCCCGCCGGCCCCUCCUCGUCGUUGUCCUUGACGUCCUCCUCCGCGCCCCUGCUGGAGCCCGCGGUGCCGACUCUCAAGCUGGAUCCUCAGCUCCGCGCCGCCGUGCUGGCCGUGCCGCCGCCCUCCCCGCCCGUCACAGACCGAACCCUCCACACGCCGCUGCUCGUAACUUUCGAACUGACCGACAUCACCGUCGAACUUCGGGCCGACUUGGGCACGGGAGAGAGGAGUCUCGUGGCGCUCACAUUCAGGGAGUUCCUGUUACGACGGGAACACUUACAUCCCCACGAGUCCACACUGCAGGUUUCCCUCCACUCGAUCACUAUGGAAGAUCUAACCAAGGACCCGGAGUCUCGUCACCGCAUGCUGAUGGUGUCUCACACUCCCCCCAGUCCUCCCAAGGCCGUGUUCGUGUCCAAGUCGUGUCCGGACUUCGUCACCCACUACGGGGAGGAGGCCCUCCGCGGCUCACUGACACACUCGCGACCCGCCUCCGCCUCCAUGCCGUUCGCACUCAACAUGUCGGACAGGGAGUACGAGAGCAUCGUGAAGUCAGAGGGCCAGGACCGGCGCUGUGGGCCCACCCCGCCCUGCUCGCCCGAGCAUGACGCGCCGGGGGGAGCGGGGGGCCGGGACGAGGGGGACGGGGACGGGGAGCCCGGCGCCGCCAGGGACAACCUCGUGUGGGUGUCCGUACAUACACGGGACCCGCAACAUCCACACUACCACGAUCAACACAACAAGGUAUCGAGGUCGACGAAAGUGGACUUCAACUGUCUCAAGAUCGUUCUCAGCAUCGACAGCUGGGUGACGGUGCUGGACUUCUUCGGUGUGGCGGGAGACGAGCCCGACCAGCCGCCCUGCUCCACCAGCCUCACCAGAGACAGCUCCUCCACGAACAUGGCCGGCGAGGAGGCCGGGGCGGGCGAGGCUGGCGAGCUCGGCGUCACGGAGACGGAGAUGAGCGUGCGGUCGUUGUCAGUGCUGGUGGUGGGCGCGCGCGGGGAGGCGUGUCGUGCGCUCGUGUCCAGGGUCAACGUGCGCGUGCGCGGGCUGGACGGAGGAAGAGACGUGCACGCCACGCUGGGAGCACUGGCGCUGGCCGACCUCACGCCGCACGCGCCGCUCUGGCGGGAGAGGCUCCGCAUGCGAACCGAACACGCUCUGGAUAUACACUACCGAAGGUUGAGUUCUGAGGAGGCGGCCGCGGCGGGACAUGAGACGUCGCUGUCUCUGGAAAUGGGUCCCGUCACUUACGUACACACGCGGCGCUUCGUGCUCGAGCUUCAGGCCUUCGCCCGAGAUUUCAGUCUUCUGAGACGCGUCAUCGCUCAGGCCAGACGGAAGGUGUCACGAGGUCCGAAGGAUGCCUCUCUACAACGGAUGAAGCUGCGCGUCCGCUGCUCGGCGCCCGUCAUCGUGCUGCCGGUAUCGGGCCGCAGCCGGGACGCGCUAGCUGCUGAGCUUCAGCUGCUGCUGUUGGACAACUGCUUCCGUCCCGCCGGACACCCCGACACCGUCUCCAAGAUCGUAGAUCCCUCUAUCAAGGAACGCGAGCUGCUCGACGUCCGCACGGUUCGUGCUGAGGGACUGACUUUGUGGUGUGCGCGCGCCGGGGAGAGCUGCGGCGUGAGGAGCGAGAGUCACGAGCGGGUCCGGCGGGUGGGUGUGCCGCUGCUGCCCGCGCCCGCCGCGCUCGCCCUGCAGCUGGAGCACAACUGCAGCGACACUCACAACGUGCCCGAGAUGACGGUUCAAGGUCGACUGGCCACACUGGCCGCUUCGCUGGAUGCGUCUCAAUACCGGCUCGUGCGGGGCGUGCUCGCGCAUAAUUUAGGCGAAGCGUGCACGGAGCUGCUGGCGCCGGCCCCGCCGCUGGUGCCGGGCCCGCCCGCCUGCUGGCCCACCUGGUCCCUGCAGCUGGACCUGCAGGACGUGAGCCUGGAGCUGCGCGCGCCCCGCCCGCGCCCUCCGCUCGCAUGCAUCAACUUCAUCAAGUCUCGCCUGCUCAUAGAGACCUACUCGGACCUCUCUCAGGACAUCGACCUCGUCUCGCAAGAGAUCCUGGUGAGUGACAUGCGGUUCUCCUCGGAGCCUGCGAACAGACGCGGCAACGUGUUCAGCCACAUCGUGCAGCCGCUGCCGGACCACCGACACAGCGUGCAGGCCGAGGUGCAUGCCAGAAAACGGCCCGAUUCCUCGGCGUAUACGAUCCUCGUGAACAACAUGCGUCUCAUGGCGAUCCUCGACUGGUGGGAGGCGGCGGGACAGUUCGUGAUGCAGCCACCUCCGCCGCCCUCGGACUCCGACCUCGUGCAUCUAGAAACCCUCCUGGAAAUGGAGAGCGAGAGCUCCUGUGCGGCGGGCUAUGUGUCGGGGCCGGCCGCGUCCGAGCAGGUGGAGCUGAAACUGAACGUCACGGACUCGCAGCUGGUGCUGGUGGAGGACGCCUCGCUGUGGGACACGAACGCUGUCAUACUCAAGAGUACGACGGUGAUCACGUACCGGCCGGCGGACGUGUCGCGGCCCGUGGUGUGCGAGCUCAACGACCUGGAGGUGUUCUCGUGCGUGCUGGGGCUGGAGGAGGAGACGGCGCUGUCCAUCGUGGAGCCGGCCGCGGUGGCCGUCACGCUGUUGCCGGGCCGCGUGCUGUCGGUCAGCGCGCCCGCGCUUCGUCUGCGGCUGUCCUACCACGAUAUGCGCAUGUUCGCGUCCAUGCUGCACUCACUGCCGGCCCAGGCCCGCGCCGCACUCUCAGGUAAAUCAGAAGAGGAGGCGGUCCCGGACGUGCCCGCUAACAGCGUGCAUAUGCGUGUUGGUGGAGGCGUGUCGGGCGGCGCGGUGUAUGUGACGGCGCUCCCUCGCUGGGCGCGACGCUCGGCGCCCCGGCCGCCGCCCCCUGCACAGCCCGCCCUGUGGCCACUGAAAGCAGUGCAGGUGGGCGCUGAAUGCGUGACCCUGUGUGUCAUAGACGACUGCCUGGACUCGGACGUGCCGCUCCUGGAGGUGACGCUGACGGACCUGCAGCUGGAACAGGAUCUACGGAAAGUCGAGGAAUCCUUCGAAGAUCCUCUUCUGGUGUCGACGCCGUCCGGCCCUGCAGGGGUGGUGGCGGUGGGGGCGGAGGGGCGCGCGGGGGCGGGGGGCGGCCGGCUGCGGGGACAGCUCAGCGUGGAUUACUACAACAGAACUCUGUCCGACUGGGAGCCGGUCGUGGAGCCUUGGCGCUUCGAGGCCGGCUGGGAGCACGCGCUGUCGCGAGGCCUGGCGCUGGGCCGCCUGCAGCUGGACGUGCGCUCCGAGGACACCCUCGACACCAACCUCACGUCCGCCCUCGUCGACCUCGUGCGGCUCGUGCGCACCAACUGGACGCAGGAUUACUACGCGCCUCAGAACCCCACCUCGGAGCAGUCUCCGAAGGGCAGUCCGUCGGGUCACCGUCGCCGGUCGCCCUUCGUGCCGUAUGCCUUGCGGAACCUGACCGGCCAGCGACUGUGGUUCACCACCCUCACCACCACUUCCGACGAACUCCGCGAGUCGGGCGAGCUGGAGGUGCGUCCCGACGACUCGUGGCUGAUGGUCCGCGCGGGGGACACGGAGCCCUUCUCGUUCGGCGCUCGCCGCGGGCGGGGUCGCGGGGCGGCAGGCGCGUCCGCGGGGCCCGCGCCGCUCCACCGGCUCGUCCUCCGCAUCGACGGCUGGGCGCCGCCCGACCCCGUGUGUGUGGACCGGGUCGGCGUGUUCUUCAGACACAUCACGCACGCGAAGACAGGAGCGGAGGCGCGCGUAGUGUUGGAGGUGUCUCUGGAGGGCAGCGCCAGGAAAUUGGUGGCGGUGCGGUCCGCGCUGCAGGUCAUCAACAAGCUGCCUCAUCCCGUGGAGUUGAGGCUGGACCACACGCCGGCUGCCGGUAAAUCAAUUUCAGGGUUGAUGUCAGGCUGGAGUCCGGUCGUAAAAACAAAUAGCAAAAACUUUUCACAACAUGUAAGGCAGACCCUGGUUAUAGCUGGGAAAUUGCCAGGCCGCUGGGUGUGGGGCGCGGUGCGGGCGUGGCGCGCGCGGGGCGGCGGGACGUGGUGCGGGGCGGGCGCGGCGCUCCACCGGCGCGCGGCGCUCGGCGCUCUCACUCCACUGCGCCUCGCCCCGCUGCGACCCAUAUAUACCAAUAGCGGUGGUUGGAGUGGUGCGGGCGCCGGGUCCCGCGCGACCAGUGUGUCCGCCGGUGGUCGCUGGGCGGCGCCGCUGGUCCCCCGUGCGGGCGCGGUGUGGGUCCGUCCGCUGGUGUCAGCCCGAGCCCCCCCCGCGCCCCCGCUGCCCCCCGCGCCGGUGGACUGGCGCGCGGCCGCCUCGUCCUCCGAGCGAGCCCUGCUGCAUCACGAGUGCCGCGCACCUCACGAUUACUGCUACAGGUUCUGUUGCGUGGUUGUUCGUGAGCGGUUCCCUCCCGAGCGUGGCGAGCCCCUUGCUGGCCACACCCUGACGCUGGUCCCGGCGCUGCGGCUCGAGAACCUGCUGCCCCUGGAGCUGCACUACCGCACGGAGCACGUGACCGGCACACUCGCGCCCGCCGGCACGCAACCCUUCCAUCAGGUGAACGUGGAGGAGGGAGUCGAGUUGUGUGUGAAGCUGGAGGGCUUCGGCUGGUCGACUCCGCUGAGCGUGGGAGGUCCCAACAACAGCGGGACGUUCUCCGCCCGCCUCAAGCUGCGGGACCAGCGGGGACGGAGGCUCUACCUCAACGCACGAGUCGUCGUGAAGAGAACCGACGGCAUAAAGGUGAGCGUCUCGGCCGCCUACUGGCUCGUGAACCGCACGGGCCUGCCGCUGGUGUUCCGCGCGGAGGGCGGGGGAGAGGCCGCGGGACAGUUCGCGGAGCACGAGCUGGCGCGGAUGGUGGCGCCGCUACCCUUCUCCUUCGCCGACGGAGACGGACCCACGCUGGCCGCGCGCCUCGGCACGUCGCUGGCUCCCAACCCGGAGUGGUGCUCGCCGUUCGGCCUCGGUCCCGGAGUGACGGUGAAGCGGCUCGAGUGUCGCGGCGCGGGGCCGGCCGCAGAGAGCGAGCGCUCGUACGCCGUGGGGGUGGCCGUGCGCUCGGGCCGCGGACGGUACCGGCGCACCAACAUCGUCACCUUCACGCCGCGCUACCAGCUGCACAACAACACCUCACACUGUCUGCAGUUCGCACAGAAGUGCACCGCGACCACUCUCAAUGACCCAGGAGCGACGUCCACCCACGUGUCGGCAGUGGCGGGCUGCCACCUGCCCUGGCACUGGGCGCGCUGGGACCGCGAGCGGCUGCUGUGUGUGCGCGUGUUGGAGGCUGGCGGGGCGGCGCGCACGGGCUGGUCGGGCGGGUUCAAGCUGGACGCGGCACGCAGCCUGCACGUGGCGUGUCGCGGCGGCGCGGGCUCGUACGAGCUGCUGCGGGUGGAGGUGGCGGCGCAGGGCGCGGCGCUGCUGGUGGUGCUCACGGACGCGCACCGCUCGCCCCCGCCGCUCUGUAUCGACAACCACUCGCCCGUGGCCAUCAUGUUCCACCAGGUGGGAUGUACGGAGGAGUGUGUGGUGGGUGCGGGAGGGCGAGCUCGCUGGGCGCUCCCGGAGCCCGAGGCGACCCCGGCCCUCGCCCUGCGCGCCCCGGGCGGCCCGCGCCUCACGCUGCCGCUGCACGCGCUCCACGAGACGCACACGCUGCUCUACCAGAACUUCAUCUACGUCGCGUUCUACGCCAACGAUACGAACGCUCCCGAUACUGUCACUGAGCCGACCGACGGGUCCGGGGACGGGCUGCUGGUCCUGGAGGUGCCCCUCGGCUCUACUCGUGUGCAGCUCGCUCGACUCAGAUACGGGGACAGGUGCCAGCUGUGGCGGCGAGGAGCGGGCGGCCAGCUCGUCCACGAGGGCAGCUCUCCGCCGCAGCCCACGGACCAGCUGGCCAGCGAUACCGCGCUCUCCCCGCACGCGCUCGUUCUAGACAUCGAGGAGGCUGCCCCCCGGCCGACGCGAGCCGCCCCUCUCGUGCUGCGGCGCGCCGACCCGCGGCGGGCCUCCACGCAGGCCUGGCGGCUGGUGGGCCCCGCCAUGUGCUGCGCUCACAGUAACCUGUGCGUUCAACCCGAGGACGGGUUCAUGGGACUCAAUCCCGGGGCUCGUGUGGUGCUCGGCAUGUCGGUGUCGUCGCGAGUCCCCGCCGUCCGCUGGCCGACCCUGCGGCCGGGCUCCGGACGGCUGGCCGUCAAGCUGUGUGCCGACGGACCGACCCGACGCGUGCGCAUCGUCGACAGCGCUGAACAGGACACGAAGCGUCUCGAGACUUGGGAGGACGAGGAGGAGGAGGAGGAGGAGCCUCCAGCAGCGGGAGGAGUGUCGGAGUGGGAGGUGCGCGUAUCGCUCGGCGGGUUGUCGUUGUCGCUGGUGGCCCGCCGGCCGCCCGCCGAGCUCCUCUACGCGCAGUUCUCGGGCGUGCGGCUGCGGGCGGCGCGUGAGCCGCGCGGCGCACAGUUCGCGCUGACCGUGGGCUCAAUGCAGUGGGACAACCAGCUGGUGACGGCGCCCAGCCCCGUGCUGCUGUACGUGCUGGGGGAGCGCGAGGCGGACGACCAGCCGGCGGGGAUCGGCUCGCCCGCCCUACACGUGUCCCUGGAGCUGCAGCGGGCGCCGCCCAAACACUACAACGCCCUGUAUUUCAACCACUUCGUGGUGGCGAUGCGUCCGCUCGCCAUCAGACUCGAUGAGAGGUUGAUCCUGCUGCUGUGGUCGUGGGUGGAGGGCGGCGGGGAGCGCGGGGAGGGGCCGGCCGAGGAGGAGCCGGACGAGGCGGAGUACGAGACGAGGCGCGUGCUGCACGAGCUGACCGCGCUGCACGCCACCAGAUACUACUUCGCGCUCAUCAAGAUCAUACCGAGCCAGAUCCGCCUGUCGAUGUUCACCGCCAACAAACUGGAAGGAGAGCUGGCGGCGCUCAAGAGGUCGCUGGGCCUCACGCUGGUGCGCUUCGAGGACGCGGCCGUGGAGCUGGAGCCCUUCGCCAGGGCGCACGCCUUCGACACGGCCGCCGCGCUGGCCAGGCAUCUGCUGCAACACUUUAAAGAUGAGUUGAAGUGGCAGGCCGCGAAGAUCCUGGGGUCGGUAGACUUCCUCGGGAACCCGUUGGGCUUCGUGGCGGACGUGUCGGAGGGCGUGUCGGGCCUCCUGGAGGGCAACGUGAGAGCCCUGUUCAAGAACGUCACUCACGGGAUCUCCAACUCUGCGGCCAAAGUCACCGAAACUCUGGGGGACGGGCUGGAGCGUGUGGUGGCGGACGAGGCCCACGAGGAGACGCGCCGACGGAUACGCUCCGGAGCGGCCGGGGCGCACCUGGCCGCCGGCUUCAGGGGACUGGGACUGGGGCUGCUGGGGGGUCUGACGUCACUGGCGAAGCACAGCUACGAGGGCGCCGCGGCCGAGGGUGUGGCGGGAUUCCUGGCCGGGGUCGGCAAGGGACUCGUGGGCACCGUCACCAAGCCCAUGAUCGGCGUGCUGGACCUGGCCACCGAGACCGCGGCCGCCGUGCGGGACAGCGCUCGGCGGGGCGGGGGAGCUCCUGGCCGGGCGCGCGCUCCCCGCCUGGCCGCCGCGGGCGCUCCACUGCCGCGCUACUGCAGCGAGCUGGCGGCCGGCGCUGCACUACUGCUGGCGCUACCGCAGCGGGACGCGGCGGAGCGCUUCCUCGCCUACCGCAUCGUCCGUGACUCUCCGCAUGACAUCCGCGCGUUACUCUCCGACUCGUUCCUGCGCAUCGUGACGUGCAAGCACGGCGCGCCGCAGGUGGUCAUGGAGACGCACCUCGGUAACCUGGUGUCGUGCUGCGCGGUGCAGGCGGACGGAGCGUGGUUCGUGGAGCUGGGCGUGCGGGGGGCUGCGGGCCCGGCCGGGGGCGGGGGGCCGCACGAGGCGGUCCGUCGUCCGCGCGUGCAGUGUGACACGUCGUCGGUGGCGUGCUGGCUGUCCCGCCACGCGGCCGCCGCCAGUCAGCUCUACCACGACCGCACACACACGCUCCUCCCUCACGCUGACCUCUGA